AUAACUACAGUAACCUAUAGCAAUAGAAUGGUUAAAGCGUCCUGCUUUAAAUAAUGGGCUGGAAAGUAAACAUUGAGUUCCUUUUAAAACAAGCGAGAUUGUGAGUAAAGUUCAUUUCUUGAAGUUUUCAACCCGUGUAUCACACGUACCGAUUUGAAAAUGGCUCGUUUUAGUCUUGCAUUGCUGUGUGUGAGCCUUUGCAUUGCAGCGGUAAACUGUGGACCAGCAUAUUACAGCUUGAGGGAGCUAUUGCAAGAAUAUAUUGAAGAAAUGGAUGCACGUGAUAACGUACAAGUGCGAGAUUAUUGUUUGGGAAACCCAUGUCCAUCCGGGCAAUACUGUUACACAGGCACAUUCAUCACUUCCAUAAAAACAGCAUUCUGCUCCAAAAGUAAAAACCCAUGCGAUGACAUAGUAAGUGCAUGUGGUUACAGUGGAGCUAAGUGUACUAACUUCGGUAAUGGGCACUACUCCUGUAAAGCUGAAGUAAGAAGUGUAGAAACCUGGUGAUUCUAUGCCUCCAAGUACACAUAUGUAUGUACAUAAAUAUGUACACAGACCUACGUCGUAUUAAAAAUAGGAGGGAACUAUCGCUUUACGUGUUCCCAUUACAAUAAUUAUUCAGUUUUUUAGAUAUUGCGUUCAUGAAUAGGCCUACAAAAAUGUUACGUUGAUUUUUUUUCAAUAAACAUCCCCUAAAGGCUA